ACGCGCGUCGCCGCCAUCGCCGUUCCCGUUCUUCCUCACUGCGUCAGCGCGUUCGUGCUGUCCCCGCCACGUCGCAGCCUUUGGCCAUUGGGGUCUUGAGUAUCUAUGGUGAAGAAGGCGGUGGCAGAGGUCUCAGUAUGAACAGGCACUAAAAGGAAAUUUCUACAUUUCAGUGUUCUGUUGGGUGGAGGGAGGGCUUUUCGUUGGUCCAGUGGUGAAAUGGAUGCCCUAAUCCAUCUAACUACUUGACAGAACACGAUAGUUGACGACUUCACUGUAAAUAUAUAGCUCAGUUAAAAACUUAUUUCAUACUCAACAUGCCACCAUGGUGGGGAAGGUCUUCAUCCAAAGAAGUAAAGAAGACUGCCAAAGAAAAUCUAAUUGACACAUUUCAGCGGUUUAUAAGUCCAAGUGAGCAAAAAGGGAGCACAAAAUCACGAGGGAGUCGCAGACGCAGUAAAAACCCAACCUCUGAGAAAGGUUGCUGGUCUACUGCACAAUCACGCUCCACAUCCCCUUCGAAAGAGGUUUCUCGCUGUCAAAGCUUUGCCGCAGAUAGAGCACAUGCACAACCACUUCCUCUUCCUAGAUCACGUGCUGCAGUGACACGUACUGUUUCUGAUAUUACUGGCUCAAAGCCCACUUUGGAAAAACGUGAGAAAGGACAACAACUACCACUGCCUGCCCUGAACCGGCUUCAGAAAAGACCUGAAACUAGUGAAUCUGUUGCAGAAUUGCCAAUUGCUUCUGUCUCCAGCAACUGUUCUAUUGACAGUGAUGAUCGUGGAGAUUGUCAGCUUCAGAGCCCUGUGGGAAAUGAUCCUGAAGUUGUGGCUAAUGUUGCAACACCGAGUAGUUCAAGCUUUGUGCAUAAAGAGUGCUCAGGUGCUAUCACAAGAAAGAGCACCAAGGAAGUGACGAAGCCGAGCAAUGCUUUUCUCGGUAACCAAAUUCUCUCCACAUCUCCAAGUGUUACGGUCACUGACAGUUACCAAUCCAAUUUACAAAGCUCACGACAAGUUGCACUAGAGAGUGCUCCAAAUAGUUUGAUGUCAAGCCCUUCUCAAAGCCCAAGAACAAUAUUUCCUGACCAAAUCCCAACUUCAGCCUUUUGGGCAGUGAAGCCUCAUGCAGAUAUAACUUUCCUUGGGUCUGGUCAGUGCUCCAGUCCAGGUUCAGGGCAAACAUCUGGGCAUAAUUCAGUUGGAGGUGAUAUGCUAGCUCAACUCUUCUGGCAGCCUAGCCGAGGCAGUCCAGAGUAUUCACCAAUUCCCAGCCCAAGAAUGACGAGUCCUGGUCCAAGUUCGAGGGUGCAUAGCGGAAGUGUCUCUCCGUUGCAUCCAAGGGCUGGAGGGGUGGCAUCUGAAUCUCCUACUAAUCGGCGUGAUGAAGUGAAGAGGAAGCAAACCCACAGAUUGCCCCUUCCACCGUUAAGCAUCUCUAACGGUUCCCCCUUUUUGCCAAAUAACUCUGCCCCAACAAGUCCUAUAUCUCGUAGUCCUGGUAGGGCAGAGAAUCCACCUAGUCCUGGAUCACGGUGGAAGAAGGGAAAGCUGAUUGGACGUGGGACAUUCGGCCAUGUAUAUGUUGGCUUUAACAGUGAUAGAGGCGAAAUGUGUGCAAUGAAGGAGGUUACUCUUUUCUCAGAUGACCCUAAGUCAAAAGAAAGUGCAAGGCAAUUGGGCCAGGAAAUAUCACUUCUGAGCCGGCUGCAACAUCCAAAUAUUGUACGAUACUAUGGAACUGAAACGGUCGAUGAUAAGCUUUAUAUAUACCUUGAGUAUGUGUCUGGUGGAUCCAUCCAUAAGCUUCUCCAGGAGUAUGGGCAAUUUGGUGAACAAGCAAUUCGCAGUUAUACUAAGCAAAUACUUUUGGGCUUAGCCUAUUUGCAUGCAAAGAAUACAGUUCACAGGGAUAUCAAAGGUGCAAACAUAUUAGUAGACCCUAAUGGCCGUGUAAAGCUUGCUGACUUCGGAAUGGCGAAACAUAUCAAUGGGCAGCAGUGUCCGUUCUCAUUGAAGGGUAGCCCAUACUGGAUGGCUCCUGAGGUUAUAAAGAAUUCUAGCGGAUGUAAUCUUUCUGUUGACAUAUGGAGUUUAGGAUGCACGGUUCUAGAGAUGGCUACCUCAAAACCUCCGUGGAGCCAAUAUGAAGGGAUUGCUGCAAUGUUUAAAAUAGGAAACAGUAAGGAGCUGCCACCAAUACCAGAUCACCUCUCUGAAGAGGGCAAAGAUUUCAUACGACAAUGUCUUCAACGUGAUCCAUCUAAUCGUCCAACAGCAGUGGAACUUUUGCAACAUUCAUUUAUACGAAGUGCAUCACUGCUUGAAAAUUCAGUUUCCUAUGCUCCAUUGGAACAGUUGCCUGCCAUAUCUUGCAAACCAAGUUCUAAUAAGGUGGUCGGGCACACCAGAAAUAUGUCCUCUUUGGGUCUGGAAGGGCAAUCCAUUUACCAAAGAAGAGCUGCAAAAUUUUCCUCAACACGCAGCGAUAUUAGAAUACGGAGUAAUAUAUCUUGCCCAGUUUCUCCGUGUGGAAGUCCUCUUCUGAGAUCAAGAUCUCCACAACAUCAAAAUGGUCGAAUGUCACCAUCUCCAAUUUCUAGCCCCAGAACUACUUCGGGUGCUUCCACUCCUGUGACAGGUGGCAGUGGAGCUAUUCCUUUUAAUCAUAAUAGACAACCAGCUUACAGUAACGAGGGCUUCACAAUUACAUCAAGAGGCCUAGAUGAACAGGCCAGUCGGCCUCUAGAUCCAGUUGUUGGUCGUUAUGGUAGACCACAACAGUUCUCGACAGGCAUUCAGGAGAGGGUGGUCUCUGAAGCUGACAUUCCAAAACCUCAGUCUGGAAAAAUGAGACGAAGGAGUGUGCGAGAUUUGCAUGAUAUGACAUUGCCUUCCAAGCAUGUUUCUCAGCAUGGGGUCGGGAAUCAUGUGAAGCUAAAACCUUCACUUGGCUUGACAUCUGGGAAUCCACAACUUGUACGCAACCAUGGUCAUUGAUUCUCAAGCAAAGAUUGCAUGAUAGGCAUUGAGCUGGAACUUGAUGAGGUAGCUCCAGUGCUGGUUUGCCCAUCUCUUUCUUAAGACCUGGAAUUGUAUCAUAGUACCAGAAUGAUUCCAACUAAUUAUUUCAGAUGCUGACAGUUGGCAAUUGAUAUAGAUUCUCCAGUGCCAUUCCUAUUGUUUCAACUAAAGAUGAGACCUGCCCUACCUGGAAAAGGCGGAAGCUGCCAGACUACCUGGCCCGUAAUUGUAUAUUAGAGCUUCUUUAUACCUCUCGUAUCUACAUUUUCGUAUCUUUUUUUCUUAUGUUAUUUGGAGGCCAUUGAACUCCCUUGUACAAAAAUGAAACUGAUCAAGCAGCUCAUGUUUCGCACAUGAGAACAAUUGAGGCAUUCACUAUUGCCCAAAUAUUAACAAUUAUGAAUCUCAUUCCAUGUAGCAAUCUUCUGCCAUGCUAGCUCCACAGUGGAAGUGUUGUAAUAACUGUAGUUAGUACUAGGCCAAUCCAUAAUUGUAUCCAUUAUUACUCUGGACAUGGUACAAAAUGUCCUGAUCGUUAAUUGAAUUAACAUCCUCAAAAUGUAUCCUGCGUUAA